AUGAAGAGAAAUGGCAAAGGAAAUGGUGAAAAGGCAAAUGGCGGAGGAAAUAGUGAAAAUGUGAAGAGAGAAGGAAUAGAUGUAAAGAUAAGGAGAAAGAUGGAGAGAGAUAUGGUAAAAAACAUGAAGAGAAAGAUGACUACAAACAUAAAGAGGAAGAUUGUGAAGAAUACGACCAUGAACAUGGUGAAGAGGAAGAUGGCGAAUAAAAUGGUGAUAAACAUGAAGAGAAAGAUGGGAGUGAAAAAAUGGAUAAAACUGGGAAGGAGAAGAUGGAGAGUAACGGAUGAAACUGUUGAGAAGAUAGCGAAAAAGAUAAAGAGGAACAUGGCCAUAGAUAUGGUGAAAAUCGGGAAGAAAAGAUAA